UGGAGGUACCUUCUUGUAGAAUUAAUCUGAAUAUCAUAUGAUACAGUGACAUUUUUAUAUCAUAGGUAGAGACAUUCGUUCUGGCCUUGCUGCAUGACUACCUCUAUCAAACGCCGGCCGGGAUCUCAAUGACCGAUCCUACGUAUAUAAAGUUCCAUCUGUCUUCUCGCCUUCUAUUAUCUUUCUCAUCAUAAUCAGAACCGUCAUCAAUUCUUAUUUUAUCAUCUGAUAUUAUCUGACAAUGCCUCUUACCGGAAGUUGCAUGUGCGGUGCCAUCACCUACUCUGCCGAGGCGGACGAGUACAUUUCUGCCCUCUGUCACUGCACAGAUUGCCAAAAGUGGACUGGCGGCGCCUUCACCUCCAACGCGGUGGUUCCCCGCUCCAGCUUCCAAGUGAGGGGCAACCCCGCCACGUAUGAUGCUGUCGGCGCCUCCGGAAAGAUCAACAAGCACUUCUUCUGCCCUACGUGUGGUUCGAGUCUCUACACCGAACUGGAGGUCAUGGCGGACAUGGUUUGCAUCAAGGCCGGAACUUUGGAUAACGGCAAGGCCUCUCUGGAUGGGAAAGUCGAUGUCGAGUUCUACGUCAAGGACCGUGUGCAGUAUUUGGGUGGGUGCGAGGGGGCGAAGCAGGAGCCUAGAUUUGGUUAAGAGUGAAUGAGAAGGUAAUUAAGAACUUGAAGUACUAUAUGAAGAUAUGUAGUAUAAUGAAUGAAUACACCCUAG